CAAGUUUGCGCGCGCGCGUUGCGCCCUCAAUCCGACAUUUAGCAGGGCCGCUCGUCGGCCCUGCCUUCCACAGUCGCCCAAGAUGUCGUGGAAAGCGUCCGCACAACUGAAGGAGACCAUCAAGCAUUACUCCGGAUUCCCGGCGACUGGAGUUAGUUUGCGGCAGAUGGUGCAAUUUGGCAGUAACCCGAAUACCGGUACCCUGUUUCGAGCAUCGCAGUUCUUGUCUGAAGAGCUGCCUAUACGACUAGCACAUCGAGUGCAAGAGCUAGGAGACCUGCCUGACGGCCUCAAUGAGAUGGAAAGCAUCAAGCGGGUGCAGGAUUGGUAUGCGGAGUCGUUCGAGGAAAUCACAACUCUACCCAAACCCACACUCAGCACUGAGGUCAAGGAGCGCCUCUUACGGCCCGCCAAGACCAACGGCAAACGCAUCCUGAGCGAGACCACCGAGAAUCCGAGCAUCAAACCCGGGCAGUAUCGAUCGAACGUUUCCGGGGUGGAGCAUGAAAAGAGACCGCCGAAUUCGAGGAGAUACUUCACAGCAGCAGACGACGGUGACUGGCCACCGGAGCUCCAGGAUUACAAUGCUAGAUUCUCACAAACUCUCGACAAGAUCAAGAGGCGGCAUGACAGCGUCGUCACGACGAUCGCACAGGGCAUCUUGGAGUACAAGCGUAAGCGGCAGCGGAUGCAGAUCGACCACAACAUACAGGCCUUCCUCGACCGCUUCUACAUGUCGCGUAUCGGUAUUCGCAUGCUGUUGGGCCAACACAUCGCCUUGACCGACCAACGAGGACAGAAUGAUCCGAACUAUGUAGGGAUCAUCUGCACCAAGACCAAUGUCAAGGAUCUUGCCGAGGAAGCCAUCGAGAACGCCCGUUUCGUCUGCGAGGACCACUAUGGACUUUUCGACGCGCCCAAAAUUCGACUUGUCUGUCCAAAGGAUCUCAACUUCAUGUACGUUCCGGGCCACCUGUCACACAUGCUCUUCGAGACAUUGAAGAACAGCCUACGUGCGGUGGUGGAGCGACACGGCCAGGAUAAGGAAGAAUUCCCGGUCACAGAUGUGAUUGUCUCGGAGGGUCGCGAAGACAUCACCAUCAAGAUUUCGGACGAAGGUGGUGGAAUCCCACGGUCGAGCAUUCCCUUGGUAUGGACAUAUAUGUACACCACCGUCGACCAAACACCCAGCCUUGACCCGGACUUCAACAAAUCCGACUUUAAGGCGCCAAUGGCAGGGUUCGGGUACGGACUCCCGAUCUCACGACUCUAUGCACGAUACUUCGGUGGUGACCUCAAAUUGAUCUCGAUGGAGGGCUACGGCACGGAUGUCUACCUCCACCUCAACAGAUUAAGCUCCUCCAGCGAGCCACUUUCAUGAUCGAUCAAUCUAGGAAUGGGGUUGGAGAGAUCUCGUUCUGUGGCGGGUAUCGUAACGACUUGCAUCAUACGAAGGGAAGUCCUCGGAUUUCUCAAAGAACAAGUGGACGAGGAUGCACAUCAGUGAUGGAUGCUGAUGGCGGGUGGAAGACUCCUGGUGAUACCCACAGCGGAGUAUUUCGCGACGAAGAGCUUUAUGAAGAACUGCGCACCACAAUCGACAGCAAAGGACUCCACGGGCACACAGACCUUCUGGAUCCCCGCUUCG